AUGAUCAGCGCCCUUCAAUGGAUCGCGCGAGGCAAGAGCCUUGCGCAUCCCAAAAAGUACGUUCUCGACGAUGACGAGAUGGAACGUGUCUCCAAGAUGGCCAACGUCCAGUUCGAGGAUGCCAAGGCGCAGCUCGAGCGUGCGCAACGCGAUAUUGCACGUGGCAAGGACCCUUUCGCUCCCAACACUGGUAACGACGAUGAUGAGAACUGGCAAGAUGAUGAAGACGACGAGGAUGAAGAGAUGAAGGAGGACAAAGACGGGGAUGCCGCCGUGUCCGACGACAAGAACCAGGACAAGGAGGACCCGGACGACCUCACUCGAUACAACCUCGACGAGUACGACGACGAUAAUGAGGAACAAGCACAAGCCACCGCCGGUGCGUUUAGCAACAUCCGUGGCCUGGCUGUCUACCAGAGCAACGAAGACGACCCGUACGUCACGGUGCAAGAUGAUGCAGAGAAGGAUGACGAAGAGGAACGCGAGGAACUCGAGGUGUAUCCUACCGACAACCUCAUCAUCACGGCCAAGACCGAAGACGAUGUCUCGCAGCUCGAGGCGCACGUCUACGCUGCACAGGACGCCAAUUUGUACGUGCACCACGAUCUCAUGCUCCCCUCGUUCCCACUCUGCCUCGAAUGGCUCGACUACACCCCCGCCCGCAACUCGGGCGAUCAGAACAGCAACAACGCCAAAGCCCCGGGAGAGGUAGGCAACUUUAUCGCCGUGGGUACCAUGGACCCUGAGAUCGAGGUCUGGAGCAUGGACGUCGUGGAUGGCAUGUACCCGGAUGCCAUCCUGGGCCGCAAGACCGAGACGGACCAGCUCAACGCUCCGUUGGGAACGGGCAAGAAGAAGCGCAAGCAGUCGAAAGCGCGCGUUGCCAACGAGGCAUACCACGUCGAUGCGGUGCUUUCGCUCUCGUGGAACCCUGUGGCGCGGAACUUGCUGGCGUCAGCCUCGGCGGACUGCACGGUCAAGCUGUGGGAUCUCUCGCGUCCACACACGAGCGAGUCGUCGACGGCGUUCCGCUCAUUUGCGGCGCACACGGACAAAGUGCAGUCGGUCGCAUGGCAGUGCAAAGCCGUCGGCGGCGAGUCUGCCUCCACCGCGAACCCAGCGGUCUUGUUAACCGGGUCGUACGAUAAGACGAUCCGCAUCUUCGACACGCGUACGCCGGACACGGCGGCGGUGGUCAACAUCGGCAGCGACGUCGAGAGCGUCGUGUGGAACGGCUGGUCUGCCUCCUCCACCUCCUUCCUCUGCUCGCUCGAGUCUGGUAUCGUGCAGUCGUUCGACAUCCGCGCGCCCACCUCCGCACAAUGGACCCUGCAGGCCCACGAUACCGCCGCCACUGCCGUCGACAUCUCGCCGCACAUCCCCGGCUGCCUCCUCACCGCCUCCUCCGACCGCUCCAUCAAGCUCUGGUCGCUCUCAGACUCGCUCGAUGGUACCGCGCCCGGAGCCAUCAACCUCGUCCUCAGCCGCGACCUCGGCCUCGGCAAGAUCUUUGCUGCCAAAUUCAGCCCCAACGACCCGCUCACCCUCGCCGCUGCCGGCAGCGCAGGCCAGGUGCAGGUCUUCAACGCGCUCAGCAACCCCGCCGUGCGCAAGACAUUCGGAGACAGGCUCAAGUCACUCAAAGGCGACGCAAAGGUUGUCGUCGACGGCUCGGAACCGAGUAGAGGAGACGGCAUUGUCAGGAUUCAGGACGACGACGACGAUGACGACGACGACGAUGGCGAUGACAUGCAAGAGUAA